AUUGGGUUGAUGUUGCCAAUGAUCUUUUAAGGAGCUGUCACAUAAACCAGCACAUAAAGCAUCUCUCAGAAUGUGGUGCUGAUGUGUUUGUUCGUCUUUAUGAGUCAAUCUUAGGAGAAAAAGUACCAGAUUUCAUAGCUACUCCUAGAAGUCAAGAGGAUGAUGCACAUAAUGUACAAGCAGUAAUAGAUUCCCUGGCAUUGGACUAUUUGCAGGUCAGCUUGUCACACAUCACUGGUGAGAACAUUGUGAAAGGAGAAAGGGAAUCUAUCAGAAACCUCCUCGAAAUAUUUGAUGGUUUGUUAGAGUAUCUUACAGAAGAAGUCAGUGAAUCUUCUUCUCAGAAUGGAGAUGAGGCAAAUGUGCUGUCCAAUAAUGAAAUUCAAAUUGCAUCUCGAGAGCAGCUGGAAAGCAAUGCUGGUCAACUUAUGCAACCUUCAAUAUUCUCAUCAGUUGAAGGGUCCCGGUCAGAAUUUUUUGUUCCAUCUUGUGAUGUAGAUGGAUCAGAAUCUACCAGUGAAUUAAUUAGACUUGGAGAUACUGCUCAUUCAUUUUCCAAGAGAGAAGAAGAAUUCCAGUUGCCUGAAUUGUUACCAGCAGAAAAGGACAAGGGGGUGGAAGAAUCUAAAAAUUCAGAGGCUAUUUCAACAUUACCUAGACAGUUUUCUGAACCUGAAAGGGCCAUUGUAAAGGAAAAGGAAGAUGGAUCAAUGGAGUCUGUUCAUACUACGGAACCUCAAAAAGUGAGUUUGAGUGCCAGUGCUACAAAACUUGGGGAGCCUAUACAGCAAGCUAUUCCUUUGCUACCACCAUUUCAGCCUUCGGAAGCCAGACCUCAUUAUUCUGUAUGGAGAGAUUAUCAGAGCUCAGCCAGCCAGUCAGCAGCUUUGGCUAACAGUCAAGGAGUGAAAAUUCCCACUCUUGAGAAGUCACUUAGACAAAAAUCUGAAGAUGUUUCUGGUAGUCUUCCUCUAUCAAGGAAAAUCCCUGUGGGAGACGUGGUAUCAAACGAUGCUGAGGACAAUGUGGCAAAGGUAGAUGUUGUUCCCUGGCAGACUUCGUCUGCUUCCUCUUUACAUCAAAAACUCUCACUAUGUGCUGAACAAAUAACACAAACUCCAAGACCUGAAUCUAGGUAUCUGUCUCGAAAGAAAAGAUACAAAAAUUCUACCACAGAUUCACUUGAAGAGUCUCUUUCCCACAGAACAAAGGAAAAGCUAUCCGAGCAAGAGCUUCAUAAAGUGUCAGAAAAACUCUCUCGCAGGUUAAAUGAACUAGAUUUAAUGUUAAAGAGAGCUUUGGGUGGGCACACCAGAGAAGAAGAGUUGACAGAUGAGGAUAACCUGUCUCAGCACAGUGACAGUGUCAUGGAUUACCGCCGAAGGAAAGCUGAACGAGACACACCACAUCUAAGGUACCCAAGCAGGCCACGAUCCCUUUCUCCAUCCUCACCCUCAUCUCAGCAUCAACUCUUCUCUGAGUUGGAAGAUAAACUUUGCAGUAAUGGAACAGGCCAAAUAAGGAAAAUACACAGCCAGUUGCAAAAAGAAAGGGAUGAAAGAACAAAAAAAGCAAAGAUGGUUGCUAAAGCUUAUGAAGAUGAACUAAGAAUUUAUGAAGCUAGGGAGAGGCUUAGACUUUCCAAGCUCAGAGAAGUCAUCAAGGAAAUGGAACAAGAAUACAAAGAAAACAUCUUUAAAGAACCUCCAAAAAUGCCUCAGCCAGUGAAAGUUUAUUCUAGAAAAACCACACCUCGGAAUCCCAAAUACAGCCAGUGGAUUCCAAAACGAGGGACUGUGAAGCCAAAGAAAGCAGCUCCAAUGAAAGUAAGAGAUGAUGACCUCCUAUUUCAGCUACUGGAAGAGUUUCCCCACCUGCAUAUUUCCCACCGUACUAUGAAUAAAAUGUGGCAGCAGCAGCUUGCACAUACUGAACAACUUAAGGCAGCUUCUGGCAGAACCAGACCAAAACUACAAAAUGAA